GCUACCAUCUGGCUACCAUCCGCUGGCUGCACCCAUGAUCGGCUGUAGCAUGUAUUCAGCGGAUUCAGCGUAUACAGGACCGUGUAUUUAGUUGUACCACGGUAGUGCGUAAAACCGUGGGCUGUACCAUAAAAAACGAGCUAGAUUAGGUUAGCUUAGCAAGAUGACAGAUUUGUCAACAACUGUAGCUCACCUAGCUAAACUGGGCACCUCGAUUAUUUGCAUGAAAUAUUUCAACGAUCCAUACUCGAUUCUUGUAAACGAUAAUCAUUGGGCUACGAGAGCUUUUCAAAUUCUGCUCUUCCACUCCAUACUGGGAAUUUUUCGAUUUGGUAAUCCAAGCGCCUCCAAGUAUCUUCGUGGAUUCUACACGUUGUUUUCAAAGAUUAUCAACACACUACCAUUUGCUUUGAUCGUUACAGAGAUAUUGCAUUGGAAUAAGACAAGUGAACAAAUAACUCUGACGUUGUUGAUUCUGACGGCUUUUCCCAUUGUGUAUGAGUCGAGGUCUAAAGAAAGAACAAGACGACACUUAAUUGACGUUGCUGUCGGCCUAAACUUAUGUGCUCUUAUCUAUGUCUCCCUUAUAAGUAAAAAUUACAGUGCUAUUAGCCUAGUUGUGUCUUAUGCUUUUACACAUUUCUUAUUAGAAGAUAUAUCUGAUCGAUAUGAUGUACCUUACAGAGAUCUUCUCCAGUAUAGUCUUUGUUUCAUGGAAAUUUUUUCCAUACUAACUCUGAAAGAUCUUCAGGGCAAUUACUGACCUGUUUUCUAUACCCAUUUUAAGUGCCACACAGAGCUAGAAGAAAACAAUGAUUGGCUUUGAGCAAAUUGAGUGACCUACUUACGAGGAAUAACGUAAUUAAUUAAAUAUCACUUUGAUGGAUUAAUAGCAAAGUUCACUGGCCUAAAAAUUCGAAAAAGUUCCAUAAUUUAUUGAACUUCUCAUUCUUAAUUCGUUUUGUACUUUGAAAGAUUGACUCUUUGAUAAUAACCGUGUAUGAGAACAUAGUCUAUCUACAUAUAUAUGUAUACAAUAUCUCAUAUCAUUUAGAAAUUUAUCAAAGUUUAAUAUAACAGUAUAUUUCUAAUAAUGUAUUUACAACCUUUUCACGCAAAUUAAAAAAUGUCUAAACGUUAUUUUAAGCUGCUACUUGAUUGCCUUACUUUCUAACGUAGAACUCUCCACGUACAGCUUCCGACAUUUAAGAUGUGGUCAGAAUCAAACACACCAAGGUUGAAAAAGUUAUUCUCAAAACUGGUUCAAUUUUUUAUUUGACGAAUUGGAUCGGUGGGAAUAUACGGAGCAUGAACAGGAUGAUUUCAUAUUAUCUUUGCAUCUGAUUUUUUAUACCUGUGUAGACAUAUUUGUAUUUUACAAGGCAUUAUAGAUAUACAUGGUAACAACUGACUUGCAAAAACGAGUUCAUCAUUAAUUAUUAGUAUGGAAAAGAGUUAACCAUUCCCCAAAUAGAUAGGGUUGGAGAAUAUAACUUAGACAACAGAUAUAGAUUUAUCAAAUUCUAGAACUAAUUUAAUUUGUAUAGGUGAAAGUGAACUUUUUCAAAAUUAAAGCACUUCACUUUUUUUCA